UGGGCGCCUGCGCAGCCGUCUCUUCCUUAGACGGCAGCCAUGGCCGGACAAGAGGAUCCGGUGCAGCGGGAAAUUCACCAGGACUGGGCGAACCGAGAGUACAUUGAAGUCAUCACCAGCAGCAUCAAGAAAAUCGCGGACUUUCUCAACUCGUUCGAUAUGUCUUGUCGUUCAAGACUCGCAACACUAAAUGAGAAAUUGACAGCCCUUGAACGGAGAAUAGAGUACAUUGAAGCACGGGUGACAAAAGGUGAGACCCUCACCUAGAACUGUACCAGGCUGCUGCUGGGAAGUUGCUUUACAGAACACAGGCCUACGUGGGAAAGGACCCAGCAGCCUUCGACUCCUUCAUCUCUCCUUAAAGAGCAACAGGGCUUAUUCUUGUUUUCCUUUCUUCAAAAAUGUGGCCUUUGGGCUUUGCCAUGUUCAUCUGGCAGUGUGAUAUGGCAUGUGGGAAGAAGUCCAGGGGAACUCUUGAAAACAUUAGGCAUUUUACCUUUUCAGUAAUAUUUUGUAGAACUACUUGUCAAUGUAUUUGAGGCUCCCAGAGCCAAAA